GCUGUCCCACCAAGCCCUGUAAGUCCUUAGACCAGGGUGACUGUGGCCAGGGGCGGAGGUGUGCCUUACAGGGUAUCACAGGGCACCUCCACCCCUCCUCUCUCAGUACCCCACUGGCCUCCUCCACCACCUCUUCCACCACCCACAUGCCUCUGGGUUUUGGCUACUACAGAGGCUAUCCCUUGACCAUGGCCCAUUACCCAAAUCCCCACCCCUCCUUUCCCCUGCCUCCCCCUCACCCCUACGCCCCCCACCUCCACCCCCCUCACCUCCUUCUCAACCCAGCCAGGUUCCACAGGAGGAGGAGCAGGCAACUGAGGGAGGCUGGGUUGGGUGGAGGUGGAGGUGAGGACGUGGGGGUUAUGGGUGAGGGAAAGAGGGCCGGGGUCCGAUCCUGUCCAGCAAGGUCCGUCCCUGGUCGGUCCUGUGUCUGUGGGGGGAGUGAACACAAGCUCAGACAUAAACAUCGUCACAGACAGCGUGAUCGUGACGGAAAGGAAGAAGAGGACGAGAGAGUUGCAGGGUCACAGCUAAGGUCAGAGUUCACCACAGGGUCAGGAGGAAGUAGAAAGACUGGAGGACAAGGGAGUGCUGGGUUGAUGGAGUCUCCAUGGCAACAUAGGCACAGCAAAUACCCCUCUUCUUUCUUCUCUGCUUCUGCUAAACCAGCCUCUUCAUCAUCAUCAUCAGAGAGGCUCAAACACACACCCCUCACCUGUCUAGGCUCCUCUCACCUGUCCUCUUUCGGGGAGGGCUGGGGGGUUCGGCAGAACCCCUGGCUGAGGAGAGGGGGGCUGGGGGCGGGAUUCAGACCCCUCGAUCCCACCUGGGGCACUCUGACAGAAGAGCAGAGGACAGCCGCUGUGGGGGGGUCAGAGAGAGAGGCGGGGGAGAGACACACACCCUGUCACAGCACCUUCACCCCCCCGGCACACACCAACCUCUUCACCUCCUCUGCCACCAGUGGGAGGGGCAUGAGGAGCGGAAGAGACAAUUGGAGACCAGGGAAUCAAGACGGGUCACUGAGGAGUGAGGAGCCAUCACAGACAGAGAGGAGAGGCACAGACCCACACUAUGACCUGAGCAGGAGGCAACUGAAGUGGCUGAGAACCGGUCAAUGUUUUGGGGCUAAGAGAGGGCCUGGACGACCCAGGAAGAACCCUCUAGCCUCCCCUUUGGUCUCCCCCUUCCUCUCUCCUACAAGCCAACCAAACCCUCCAACUGAGACAGACAACCAGAACAGAGACAGAAACAGAGGAAGAGGAGGAGGAGAUUCAGUACAAGAGGUGAUUGAAGCUGUGAUUCAGAGCCAGAGGAGGAGAAGACGGAAGAGGAGGCACAUUGAGAAAGAGGAGGUCGAGCAUCCAUCCUGUCUCCAAAGUUCUGGUGAAGGUGAGCCAGUCACCCACACCCCCUUCAUAUGCACAGGCCAAUCAGAGCUAACCCAAACUCCAUCCCUAACCCCGGCCAGCCAAUCAGAUAAGGGAGCUGACCAGCUGCCUAGGAAGAGGUUUCAGAGGGCGGGGCUCUACUCUGAUGACUACAAAACUACAGAUCCCUCCUCUCAGAACCAGCUGAACAGAGAGAGACUGGAAUAUACACCAGGAGAACAAGACUACAGCCUCCUGCCUGCUCCCAUACAUGUUGGGAAGUACCUAAGAAUGAGACGUAUAGACUUUCAGUUGCCCUUUGACAUCAUGUGGCUCUUCAGGCACAACCAGCUCCACAAAGAGCCAGAUGUUUCUCAGACCAGAGAGAUCUCAUCCUACCAACCGAAAGAGAAGAGCCUGUCCAGUCACCAGACAGGGGUGUCCCUCCCUCCCUCUCCCCAGGAGGAGUGUUCCAGUCCCAGUAAGAAGCUGUUCCCCUACCUGGACAUGGAGCCUAUGACCACCAGUGACAGGGUGUUCGUCCUGAAGCACCGCGUGUUCCUUUUGAGGAACUGGGAGAGGGUCAGAGACAGACAGAUACGCCUGAGGAGGGGGAGAGAGGGGGAACGAGAGAAAGAUGGAGGAGGAGUUUCCAGCUAUGUAGCUACUGGGGACAACAACAGCCACAUCAUGUCAGGUCGACAAAUGGCUGUGAAGAAGAAGGUUGUGUGGACUAGUGAGCCCCUUCGUGAUCCCCAGUGCCCCCAUAACCCCCUCAGCACCACGCCCCAUCUCACUGAGAACAGACCAGAGGAGAAAAAACAGGUGGAGGAGGAAGAGGAGGGCUGGAAGGAGGUCCGGAAGGAGCGACUGAACAACAUACUCCUGAAGCUGCUGCAGACAUGAUUGGUGAGAGAGGACAAGGAAGGAAGGAGGGGGGAAAUAUCAGCUCAGUAUCUCUUCUUCUUCCAAGUAGCUCAGUUCAGCUAACUUUGCACUAGUGUUGGGGGGAAAACGCUUCCCUGAAAUGAUUUGUUAUAAAGAUGAUUUUGGGCUUUGUUUCUGAGAGGAAUGAGGGUGGAGUUGUUUACUGUACCAUUGAGAAUGAUUGACAGACAGUCAGCAGACCAGUGACAGUCUGAUUUAAUAGUCAGAGAGGGCGGAAGGGAUGGAUGGAGACCAUAGAGUCUUAAGGCUGGAUUAAAUUCGUAUUGUGGAAGAUCCGCGUUGUAGCUCCAUUUAAAUGUAAAGGACAUGUUCCCGUGUUCUCACAGACUACAUUCACGGUAAACGCUGCAUGUCGGCUCAAUCUGAAAUGACCAUGACAUUUUUUACCCCCUUUUUUGUGAUAUCAAUUGGUAGUUACAGUCUUGCGUGAUCCAAAGCGUGAUCCAAGCCACGCUUCUUAACACCUGCUUGCUUAACCCGGAAUGUAUUCGAGGAAACACCGGCCAACUGAUGACUGUCAGCUUGCAGGUGCCUGGCCUGCCACAAGGAGUCGCUAGAGCGCGAUGAGCCAAGUAAAGGCUCCCCCGGGCCAAACCUUCUACCAACCCGGACAACCCUGUGCCAAUUGUUUGCCGCCCUAUGGGACUCCCGGUCACAGCCGGUUGUGACACAGCCUGGGAUCAAACCCUAGACUGUAGUAACACUGCGAUGCAGUGCCAUAGACGGCUGCACCACUUGGGAGGCCUACCUCUACAUUUAUAUGCAGAUCUUCUGCGAUACUGCCGCAAUACACAGCCCUUAGGGUUUGAUUCAAUCCCUGUUGCUGAAGUACGGCGCUACAGCGUGAUUCAAGUGUAAAGGUAAUUUCCAAUUGAGCCGACCUAUGCAGUUUUUCCGUGAAUUCAGUGUCCGCUAACGUGGUAACAUUUCAUGUUCUCUUCAGCUCUACGUAUUGAAUCGGCCUUUAAUGUAAAAGUGCCAUGUUGUAAAUAAACUGACGCCUGAGUGAGUUCAAUCUCCAAAAGCAAUACGUCCUGUAAGGAUUUCAGUACAAUAACUUUAAUAUCACUACCAGUACCAGCUAGAGACCCUUCUAUGUAUCAAACCAAGUAGUUUUUAUUGCCUUAGUGAAUAUGAUCAUUUCAAGAUCGUUAUAUUGUACCAAUGAUAAUGCAGUAACAUUGACCUAAGUAAUGUAAUGAAUCAGUUUCAUAAUUGAUAGUUAUUAUCUAAGCGUUAAAGUUAAUAGUCAAAGGCCUUCAUUUUGCUACAAAGUGUUAAACAUAACUGACCUAUGUUAAAUAUUGCUAUGAUUGUAUAUGACUUCUCUUCACCUGUAUACUUUUUCUGACUGAUGGAAUGUUCUUUUUUAUUUGGUCAGACAAUCAGGAAAAUGAAUUGAAUCUGAGAUUUGUAAUCGUUCAUUUGUACAGUUCUCUUUGGUGCAGUUUCUAGUUUGACUUUGAACACUAAGUUGAAUGUUUUACAGUUGACCUGUGUAUUUGCAUCACUCACUAUUGCCAAUGGGUGAUUAGGAAUAUUAUAGCAUUCAUCAAUAUAGUGAAGGGUUAUUUAUGUAGUUUGCAUGAAAUGUAACUUUGGGCUGGAUUCAAUCAGUAUCGCGGAAGAUCACAUCAAAGUGUAAAGGUCAUUUAUCGUUAAUUCAGUCUCCACAAACAUUGCCUUUAAAUUUAAAUGGAGCUACAACGCAGAUCUCCCAUGAUACUUCUGCGAUGCGGUGAGAAUCCAGCCCUUUGUUGUACAAUUUAAAAUUGCUGCUUAUAACCUGUCUUUGGAGAAAAUACCACACAGUUCAUCUGACAGAAUGUCAUUUCAAACAUUGACCAUAUUAUCAAUAACAAUAAAAUGGUGUUUUUGUUUACAAA